AUGGAGGACUUUCUUCGCAGCUGGAGGCAAGAAGCUCUUAAUAGAGGGCAGCAUGAUGCUGCAGUUUAUAUUGGGGACAAGGUGCUUGCCCUGACCAACAGCGAUAACGAUGCUUUCUGGCUUGCCCAAGUCCACUUUUCGAACAACAACUAUACACGAGCAUUGGCAUUACUUUCUCGAAAAGACUUGAUUUCCAGAAGUUCCUCCUGCAAAUACCUCGCUGCACACUGUUACAUACAACAAAAUAAAUUUGAACAAGCCCUUCAAGUGCUUGGUGAACACAAUCCUAGCCAUUUGAUUACCACCGCAAGCAAUAGCCGACGGAAACUGCAACACAGGAAUGGAGGGUCUCACAUAACUCUGCGGAAUGGAAAGUCGGCUUCAAGGCUAGACAAAUUAGACAGAAACGAAGACCAAGAGCGAGAGGAUACGAAACAUCUUAAAUUUGAAGCUGCAAUGUGCUACCUCAGGGGUCAAUGUUAUGCCCGUCAAAAUGCAUUUGAUCGGGCACGGGACUGCUACAAAGACGCUGUACGAAUCGAUAUUCAAUGCUUUGAAGCAUUCGACCAGCUCAUGAAGAAUUCUUUAAUGUCCCCCGCUGAAGAGCUCGUAUUCUUAGAGUCUCUUGACUUCGACUCGAUAAAUCCUUCCUCUGACCCAUCGGUAUCUCAGGAGGCCGCAGAGUUCGUCAAACUACUAUACACGACACGACUUUCGAAAUAUUCAUCGCCUUCAACUAUUUCUCAUGCGACUGAAACGCUAUGCACGCAUUACAACUUAGCUGAAAACCCGGAUCUUCUUUUGUCCCGUGCAGAGACACUGUAUACCCAAUGUCGAUUCCCAGAGGCUUUAGAAUUGACAUCUUCUAUAUUAUCAUCCCCUGAUUCCAAGUCCGUUGUUGCUGCCCCUUCUCAAGGAAGCCAGGGCUGUAAUCUCGGACAUUCCCCGUCCGUCUACCCUCUCCAUCUCGCUUGUCUCUACGAAACAGGUGCGACGAAUGCGUUGUUCCUAUUAGCCCAUACAUUGGCGGACAAUGCACCGGAUGAAUCUUAUACUUACCUUGCUAUCGGGGUUUACUAUUUAUCGGUAUCAAAAAUUGCCGAGGCGAGAAGAUUCUUUUCUAAAGCAUCUCUGCUGGAUCCACAUUCAGCGCCCGCCUGGAUAGGAUUUGCUCAUACAUUUGCUGCCGAAGGAGAACAUGACCAAGCCAUCGCAGCAUACAGCACUGCUGCAAGGCUCUUCCAAGGCAGUCACCUACCCCAACUAUUUCUCGGCAUGCAACAUUUAGCCCUAAACAACAUGUCUCUUGCCCAUGAAUAUCUUUCUGCAGCGUACAAUAUGUCCUCCGGUUCUCUAUCCGAUGGCUCUGCAUCUGUGUCGUUUUCCAUAAACUCCAGUGGAUUGCAGCAGUUCGCCCCAACCAGCGGUGAUCCUCUUGUCCUAAAUGAAGUUGGUGUCGUUCUGUAUCAUCAGGCCAAUUUAGAAGGUGCAAUCCAACUUUUUCGUCAAGCAUUAGCAUUAGCAGCUUCAUUGCAAUGCGACCCAGGCGCCUGGCUAGCGACUCGCGCGAACCUAGCGCAUGCUUUACGGCGUCGAGGCGAGUUCGAUGCCGCAUUAGAAGAAUUCGAGGAAUGUCUUAGAAUUGGUGCAGGGGGAUCCGUGACGGGCCAUACGAGUAAGGCUGGAGUCGGCACUACUUUAUCCGCUGGCCCAGCCGUUGUUGGUGGAUAUGAAGAUAGAGGCCUUACUGGGUCACUACACACAGCCCGUGGACUCGUACUCCUAGAGUUAGGUAGGGUGACGGAAGCCGUAACAGCACUUCACGAAGCUGUUCGUGUACUGGGGACGAGUGGUGGUGAUGCCGCUGCUGGUGCAGGGGUUGCAGGAACAUUGCUUUCAAAGGCUCUAGAAAUCUGGGCUCUAGAGGACAACCAAGAUUCAAUUCAGCAUCCAAAACAAUUAGAGCAGCCCAGUGAUUCAGCUAACGCGAAGCUGCUCAGUACUAAGGGAAAGGAGGCUCCCAAAUCGAAGCACCUGAAUCAGGCUGGCAGCAAAGCCAACGCCCAAAAGCCUCCAGUUCCCGUGCCAGAAUGGACUGACGAUGUCAUUGAUCAUGAAUCUUCCAAUCAUAAUGGGAAUGGCCAUUCUACAAUGAUGGAACUUGAUGGUGAGGCGGAUGGUAUUCUCAACCAUGCUAUUGCACGGAUUCGAAGCAAGCAUGCCUCGACCAGAAAAGAUGCUCUAACCAGCCACCCACCCGAUGCUCCUGAGCGUAGUCGACAGAUCCGUUCAACGAGAGCUACCAGCCGACGGAAGAGCCCUAUACGACGGGGUCUUGGUGGAUAG